GAUAUUUACAUUGGGUUUAACUGUAUUAUCGGAUGAGAAUAUCUAAUAUAACACCAUGCUUAUAUCUUAGUGCCAAACAUUAUAUACCUUCAUCGUUUUCGUUAAUUUAUAUUCGGCAAUAGUGACCCAUUAUAAACUUGACUAUCGGUAUUAACUAUUUACUUUUAUGUAUCAUUGCUGCUCUCCAUGAACUUCUAUUGCCAAUUGGCUAUUUUGAGCGCGGGAGCAAAGCAUUAGCAAUGGAGGAUGUAGACGCUAACAUGGAAUUUGGAGAGGAGGGCUCAACCUAUAUAUCGCCAAUUGCUAACCCACAGCUUAGUGGCCGAAUGCUGAAGAGAGCGAUGAAACUUUUGAAAAAAGCGUUAUCUGUGGAAAAGCUCGCAAAGCAGCAUCAGAUGGAAAAAGGCAAUAAUGAUAUCGUAAUGACAAGAUUGGUCAAAAGAGGUGUUCAAGACGUUACUAAGGCUAUACGUAAGGGAAUGGACGGCAUUGUCUUUAUAGCGUGUGACGUUCAUCCUAUUGACGUAGUUUCUCACCUACCCGUUAUGUGUGAGGAAGCCAACAUGGCUUAUGCAUAUGUGGACUCUAAGAGAGUAAUAUCGAGUGUUUGUCAAUCCAAAAGACCGACUUGCGUGGUUCUUAUUGUCAAACCACCGCAUGAUUUGGACAAACGUUUACAGACUUUGGUACAAGACAAGCAUGACAGACUGAGCUACCUAGAGUUGUAUGACAAGCUGAACUCUGCCAUACGGGAUUUACACCCUUUCCUGUAGGUCUAAUUACUGUCGUUUGUGACCCAGCUAAUGACACUCAGACAAUCGGUUUUAAUGU